AUGGCGCAAGAAUUCAAGCUCAAAGACGUGCAGUCACUCCAAUUGAAGAACGGAGAGAAGAAGGAAGUCGAGGUAGAGGGUGUGGAGGGCGGCAAGAUCUUAUUACUCAAGGUACAAGACAAGGUUCAUGCUACCUCGUCCAACUGCACACAUUACGGCGCACCGUUGGCUAAAGGUGUGCUGACGCCUGAGGGUCGAUUGACGUGUCCAUGGCAUGGAGCUUGCUUCAACGUUGCUACUGGUGACGUUGAAGAUGCACCGGCAUUGGACCCAAUCUCAAAGUACGAAGUGUUCGAGCGAGACGGAGCUGUCUACGUCAAGACCGACGAGAAGACACUGAAAGCCAAUGGAGGGUCUUUGAACCUCAAGUGCUCUUCAGUGGGCGACGAGAAGGUCCUCGUAAUCGGAGGUGGUUCCGGAACACUUGGUGCAGUCGAGGGCCUACGCGGCGGAGGCUUCAAGGGCAAGAUCACAGUUAUUUCCAAGGAAGGCUACCAACCAAUCGACCGAACCAAGCUGUCCAAGGCCCUCCUCGCCGACCUGAGCAAGGCUGCCUGGAGAUCGAAGGACUUCUAUAAGGAAGCAUCAAUCGACUUUAUCGAAGAUGAGGCUAAGAGCGUCGACUUCUCUAGUAAGAAGGUCGAGACCAAGUCUGGCAAGACGUACGAGUACUCGAAGCUGGUGCUGGCUACCGGCGGUACACCUAGCUUCCUGCCUCUCGAUGGUUUGAAGGGCGACUUGGGCAACACCUUCUUGUUGCGAACACUGCCAGAUGCACAGAAUAUUCUGAAGGCUGUUGGUGAUAACGGCAAGAAGGUUGUUGUUGUGGGCAGCUCUUUCAUCGGCAUGGAGGUUGGCAACUGUCUCGCCGGCAUGAAGAACGACGUGACCAUUGUUGGUAUGGAGGAGGAACCCAUGGAGAGAGUCAUGGGGAAGAAGGUUGGCAAGAUCUUCCGCGGCCUCCUUGAGAAGAAUGGGGUCAAGUUCAAGAUGGGUGCUAGUGUGGAGAAGGCAACACCGUCAAAGAGCGACUCGUCGAAGGUCGGAGCCGUACACUUGAAGGAUGGCACCACUCUUGAAGCAGACCUUGUCAUUGAGGGCGUAGGUGUCAAGCCUGCGACGGAAUACCUCAAGGAUAACUCGAGCGUGCGAUUAGAGAAGGAUGGCUCUCUCCGAACCAACGAGACCUUUGAGGUCCAGGGUCUCAAGGACGUCUUCGCCAUUGGCGACAUUGCGACGUACCCUUACCAUGGCCCCGGAGGCAACGGCACACCGGUUCGCAUUGAGCACUGGAACGUUGCACAGAACGCGGGUCGCUCGGUGGCCAGGUCGAUCAACGAGCCUGGGUCCAAGCCCAAGGCGUUCAUACCUGUGUUCUGGUCAGCUCUCGGCUCGCAGCUGCGAUACUGCGGUAACACGGCCAACGGCUACGACGAUGUGGUGCUGCAAGGAGAGCCAGAGAAGCCGUCGUUUGUCGCAUACUACACCAAAGGAGAUGAGGUCGUUGCGGUAGCGUCGAUGAUGAAGGAUCCCUACAUGACACAGAGCGCGGAGCUGAUGCGGAGAGGGAAGAUGCCAGGCAAGAGUGCUUUGCAGAGCGGCAAGGACAUCUUGGACAUUGGCCUUCCGAGCGAAAUCAAGAUCUGA